UUUGUUUAACAUUGUUGAGCAGCAGUUCAUACCUUACAUUGCUCACUGAUCAGCUGCCGCUCUGUGCUCCACGCCUCUGACGUCACAUUGGUGUAUGCUUCUUCUGGACUCGGCUGAAGAAGAAGAUGGCGACCUCCUCAGGAGUUAUAGUUCCUCGCAAUUUUCGCUUGUUGGAUGAACUCGAAGAAGGACAGAAAGGUGAAAGCGAUGGCACAGUCAGCUGGGGCCUCGAGGAUGAUGAGGACAUGAGUCUCACACGGUGGACAGCCAUGAUUGUUGGACCAGCAAGAACCAAUUACGAGAACAGGAUAUACAGUCUGAGAGUGGAAUGUGGACCUAAAUACCCAGAAACAGCCCCGACUGUUAGAUUUGUAACAAAAAUUACCAUGAAUGGGAUAAAUAAUUCCAAUGGGAUGGUGGAUUCACGUAUCAUACCGGUAUUAGCAAAAUGGCAGAAUUCUUAUUGCAUUAAAAAUGUUCUUAAAGAGUUAAGGCGUCUAAUGAUGACCAAAGAAAAUAUGAAGCUUCCACAACCACCAGAAGGACAGAACUUCAGUACUUAAUUGUAAUGGAUUGUGUCAACCCUCUGUCUUAAACCUUACUCUCCUAGAAAUAAUGUGUAAAAUCAUCAAGAGGCUCACUUCGCACAUCAACUGUAUCGUCCGCAAGAGCAAGUUUGGACUUUUGUUUUGUUUUUUCAUAUAGCUCAUCCAGAGAAGUGUCCCUGCAAUUAAGCACUGAAUAGAUAGUGGAAAAAAAAGACUUCGAGACAACAAUAAUCUGCCUUCAAUAAAGUUACUUUGACAAUGAACUUUUCUGCUCUACCUGUUCCAGCUUUGAGUGGGCUUGAAGAAGAACGCAUGACGCUGCGCUGAAACUGUCCCAAUAGUUUUGUUUAAAACUGAGCGAUUGCUGAAGUAAUUGGCGAGAUGUGUGUAUCAAUCCGUGAUCUGUAAUUUAAUACUUAGUCAGAGAGAAGCUUUUAAAAUUUUUUUUUCAGUUGUUAGUCAAAUUUAGUGGGUUCAUUCAAGUGUGCAGAUGGGUCAAAACUGAAUUAUGGCUGUAGUCUAAAAAGUAAUAUCGGGCAAGAACUUUUUUUCUUUUUUUUUAAUAAAUAAAUAUAUAUGUAUUUGACAGGAUACCAGUAUGUUUCGGUUCUGCUUCUUUGACAUGUAACAGAUGUUGAAGCCCAUUCUCUUCCCAUUGCAUUUAACUUCUAGUGAAAAUGGCGAGUGUAUGAACUUGUGAUUUUCUGAAAUUAAAAUCACUGCGAAAAAAAA